AGCUGUUGUCUGCUGUAAGGGUCCUGGUGGCUCUGCCAGAACCUCUGUCACCCUGUGACCUGCACUGGCCGUGGGGGUCGUAGGAAGGACUCAGGGGACCCUGGAGCCCUAGAAAUGGACUCAGUGGCCAUUGAGGACGUGGCUGUGAAGUUCACCCCAGAGGAGUGGGCUUUACUGGAUCCUUCACAGAAGAAACUCUACAGAGAUGUGAUGUGGGAAACCUUCAGGCACCUGGCCUCAGUAGGUAUAACAUGGGAAGAUUGUGAUCUUGAAGAUCACUGCAAAGACCAGGGGAGAAAAGUAAGAAAGCAUAGGGUAGGGAGACUCUGUGAAAGUGAAGAGGGUAGUCAGUGUGGAGAAAACUUCAGCCUUCUUCCAAAUCUCAGUCUGAAGAAGAAAACUACAGGAGCUAAACCAUUUGGAUGCAGUGCAUGUGGAAGAGUCUUCACGCAUCAUUCAUGCCUUACAACACACAUCAGAUGUCACACUGAACAUAAAACGUGUGAGUAUCAAACAUUUGGGGAGAAGCCAUAUAAAUGUAACAAAUGUGGGAAAGCCUUCACUUAUCUCACUUUACAUCUACCAUGUGAAAGAACUCAUACUGGAGAGAAACCCUAUGAAUGUAAACAAUGCAGUAAAGCAUUCACUUGUUCCAGUUCUCUUCAAAGACAUGAAAAGAUUCAUAGUGGAGACAAACGGUAUGAAUGUAACAAAUGUGGUAAAGCAUUUACUUGUUCCAGUCAUCUUCAACUUCAUGAAAGAAUUCAUACUGGAGACAAACCCUAUGAAUGUAAGAAGUGCAGUAAAGCAUUCACUUCUUCUGGUUAUCUUCGACUUCAUGAAAGAACUCAUAGUGGAGAGAAACCCUAUGAAUGUAAAAAAUGCAAUAAAGCAUUCACUUGUUCCCCUUAUCUUCAAAGACAUGAAAGAAUUCAUACUGGAGAGAAACCGUAUGAAUGUAAGAAAUGCAGUAAAGCAUUCAUUUCUUCCAGUUAUCUUCGAAGACAUAAAAGAAUUCAUACUGGAGAGAAACCCUAUGAAUGUAAAAAAUGCAGUAAAGGAUUCACUUCUUCCAGUUCUCUUCACAGACAUGAAAGAAUUCAUACUGGAGAGAAACCUUAUGAAUGUAAAAAAUGCAGUAAAGCAUUCACUUCUUCCAGUUGUCUUCGAGUUCAUGAAAGAGCUCAUACUGGAGAGAAACCCUAUGAAUGUAAAACAUGCAGUAAAGCAUUCAUUUCUUCCAGUUAUCUUCGAGUUCAUGAAAGAGCUCAUACUGGAGAGAAACCCUAUGAAUGUAAAACAUGCAGUAAAGCAUUCACUUCUUCCAGUUAUCUUCGAGUUCAUGAACGAACUCAUACUGGAGAGAAACCCUAUGAAUGUAAAACAUGCAGUAAAGCAUUCGCUUGUAUCACUUAUCUUCGAGUCCAUCAAAGAAGUCACACUGGAGAAAAACCCUUUGAAUGUAAAAACUGCAGUAAAGCAUUCUCUUCUUCCAGUUCUCUUCAAAGACAUGGAAGAACUCACACUGGAGAGAAACCCUUUGAAUGUAAAAUAUGUCGUAAAGCCUUCAGGUCUACCAGUAAUCUUUCAAAACAUGAAAGAACGCACACAAGAGAGAAACCCUAUGAAUGUAAAAACUGCAGUAAAGCAUUCACUUGUUCCAAUUCUCUUCAAAAACAUGAAAGAACUCACGCUGGAGAGAAGCCCUAUGAAUGUGAGGAACAUGAGAAAGGCUUUAGUUCUCAUGCAGACUUUUGAUGAUAUGCACGAACGCACACUACAGUUAAAACCAGGUAGAUAUAAACAAUUUGGGACUUUUCUCAUCCCACUUCUUUCUUGAAGGCAUUCAAGGACUCAUUGGAUAAAAACAUCUUGAAUGUUGAGAGCAUGAGAAAGAGUUCAGUUGGCCUACACCCUUCUAUGUGAAACUCCCACCAAAAAGAAAUAUAAACGUAAGUCCUAUGAGAAAGCUUCAUGGAAAUUAAUUUGUACAUGAGGUUCUAGAAAACUUUGAACAGAAAAGAGUUGUUAUCAAAGUGGUAAAUAUAUUGUAUUUGUCAAGCCUUUCUUAAAGUGCAACAUUAGAGUGUUGAUUUCUAUUAAUUACUUCAGAAAUGAAUAUUAAGGUGAGAUGAUUCUGCUAGUCAUCCUUCAUAAAUAGUAAAUAAGAUUCAUAGGUAGUGCAUUUCCCUGAAAUCAGUUAAUUUUUUAUCUUUAGUUUUUUUAAUUAUGUUUUAAUUGUUCUGUGUGAAGGGGGUAUUGAAAUAUGACAGUUUGUAUUUGUUGUGAUUUUCUUCCUGGCGUUUUAUUUACAGUUCCUGGAUAUGCCUCAUCUAUUGUACAUAUUGUAUGUGUUUCAGAGAAAGCUCCUUUCUGGGGGUGGUGGGUGGAGGAGCCUGUUUUUAUUUUCUGUACUCUUAAACAGUUGGGAAAAAAUUUAUGUGUGGCAAGUUAUCCCAGAGUGUACUUCCUGUGAAUUCUUAGUUUCCUAUUUGUGCCUUUGCUGUUUGUCCUUCCUUCUCACUGGUAUUUGGUGAAUAGACUUUGAAUUAAGUAGAGGCCUGUGGCAGGGCAACAAAUUCUAGAGCUGAGCACAUCACCCCUAUACUGCAUUAUGUCAGUGAGAGUAAUCUGAAGAGCUAGAUCUUUAAGAAUUGGUCCCAUUGCUGGUUCCUUGUUGAAAUUUCCCAGUGGCCUCACUUGCAUGAGAUCUGGAAGGCAGAAGCACACAGGCCUUAGGCCGAUUUUUGAGCCAUCACCGAGGGAGGGAGACAGUUGCAUAGGAGCUUCAAGGACACCAUCUUCCAUCCCUUUUUCUGGAUUCUUUGCCCUUCUUGUCAAGAGUAUCUUGGAAACCACCAACAAUUAGUUGAUUUCCAUUUUGUUAGAGAUGCAUUUUCCACCACUUUCACAUCAAAGAUCCAUUCAAGGUAGGAUCUUUCUGGAAGGCCUCUUGUGUCCACCAGGACACAAUUCAGACCUUUGUGGUGGGAGUGUUCUCUGAUUCCCCUUUUCUCUAGAUGAUAAUUGAGUAAAGUCUAACAUGUAUAGGAAAGACCUUUGCUGUUCAUAGUGCUAGUGAGCACAUUUUCCUGCUUCACCAUGGCAUCUACAAUGGGAUGUAAAAAUAAGAACCUGCGAGUUUGUUUCUCUGCUGCCUUGUGCAGCAGCUGCUUGACCCAGUUCUUCCAUGUGAGAACAAUCAGCUUUCUCUUGUUGGGAAGACAGUGUGUGUUUCUUGUUACUUGUAGAUUGAAUGUAUUCCCCCAAUGUGAUAUCAAUGACCUGUGAGUGUAUGUCAAUAAAAGUAUGUCCAUCUGUUUGGGAAAUGAA